AUGAGUGACAAGCUCACUCGUAUUGCUAUUGUGAAUAGCGACAAGUGCAAGCCGAAGAAAUGUCGUCAAGAAUGCAAGAAGUCCUGCCCGGUGGUGCGUAGUGGCAAGCUUUGCAUCGAGGUCUCCCCCGAUUCGCGCAUCGCCUACUUGUCCGAGACUCUUUGCAUCGGUUGUGGUAUUUGUCCCAAGAAGUGCCCGUUCGAUGCUAUUACGAUCAUCAACCUGCCCACGAACCUUGAGUCACAGGUGACGCACCGUUACUCUGCCAACAGCUUCAAACUUCACCGUCUGCCCAUGCCGCGGCCUGGAAACGUUCUAGGUCUUGUGGGAACCAACGGUAUUGGAAAGAGUACAGCUCUCAAGAUCCUGAGCGGUAAACUCAAGCCCAACUUGGGCAAGUUCGACAACCCUCCGGACUGGGAGGAAGUCAUCAAGUAUUUCCGUGGUUCCGAGCUUCAGAACUACUUCACAAAGCUAUUGGAGGAUGACCUCAAGGCCGUUGUCAAGCCGCAAUAUGUGGACCAGAUCCCGAAAGCCCUCCGUCCCGGUGCAGAGAAGAGUGUCAAACAUCUUAUCGAGAGCAGGAAAUCUCUUGACAACCUUGACCAAGUCCUCGAUGUUCUAGAGUUGCGACACAUCUAUGACCGUGACAUCAACUUGCUUUCUGGCGGAGAACUGCAGCGUUUUGCCAUCGGAACUGUCUGUGUUCAAAAGGCCGACGUAUACAUGUUUGAUGAGCCCUCAUCAUAUCUCGAUGUCAAGCAGAGAUUGGCUGCCGCCAGCAUCAUUAGGUCUCUGCUUCGCCCUGACGACUACGUUAUCGUAGUAGAGCACGAUUUGUCUGUGUUGGACUAUCUCUCGGACUACAUCUGCGUUUUGUACGGAAAGCCGGCGGUCUAUGGUGUGGUCACCCUGCCGCACUCGGUCCGUGAGGGCAUCAACGUGUUCCUCGAUGGUCACAUCCCCACGGAGAACCUGCGUUUCCGUGACGAGUCUCUCACCUUCCGCAUUGCCGAAGCAGCUGAUGAGUUCAACAUCGAUCGCAGCCGCGCAUUUAACUACCCCACCAUGGAGAAGACGCUUGGCAACUUCAAGCUUCGCAUUGAUGCUGGCGACUUUGAGGACUCGGAGAUUAUUGUCAUGAUGGGAGAGAACGGUACCGGCAAGACAACCUUCUGUAGGCUCUUGGCUGGAGCUCUCAAGCCUGACUCAGCCAAGAAGGUGCCUGAGAUGAAGAUCAGCAUGAAGCCUCAGACAAUCACGCCCAAGUUCGAAGGUACUGUCCGCCAGCUGUUCUUCAAGAAGAUCCGCCCAGCUUUCCUAUCGCCACAGUUCCAGACCGACGUUGUCAAGCCUCUCAAGCUUGAUGACUUCAUCGACCAGGAAGUCAAGAACCUGUCCGGUGGUGAAUUGCAGCGUGUCGCCAUCGUCCUGGCUCUUGGCAUGCCUGCCGACAUCUACGUUAUCGAUGAACCGUCCGCCUACCUCGACUCAGAGCAACGUAUCAUCGCUGCCCGUGUCAUCAAGCGCUACAUCAUGCAUACCAAGAAGACGGCUUUCAUCGUCGAGCACGAUUUCAUCAUGGCCACGUAUUUGGCAGACCGUGUCAUCGUAUUCGACGGUAAGCCAGGUAUCGAUGCGCACGCCAACAAGCCAGAGUCCCUUCUCACGGGCUGCAACUCCUUCUUGAAGAACCUCGAUGUGACUUUCCGUCGCGAUCCUACAAACUACCGCCCACGUAUCAACAAGGCCAAUUCACAGCUGGAUCAGGAGCAGAAACUCAGUGGAAACUAUAAAAAACAACUGCUUGAAAUUUUUGUCAACAAGGGCACUCCGGAGCAUUCUCCGUUUAAUCGGAACAACAAUCGCAAUGCAUCAGCUUCAGGCGUUUUAGGCGUUCAAAAGAGGGGCCAAUCCGGCGGUAGGGACAAGGCUGGCUUGGAUGAAGAGGAGACCUCGGGCGAAGAUGACGACCCGGACAUUACAUCACUCCCGACGGCGAGUAGAGUUCCCCUCAUGUCCUCUUCCAGACAGCCUUCCAGUGAUUUGCGUCGAUCGCCCCAAAGCCGGACCUCCCUGGCGAAGAGCAGCCACCCCACACCUACGGCGGUCACUCGGAAGGCUUCCGCCAAUUCAGCGCCCUCAUUUACCUUGAGAUCAACAGAAGAUCCUAAAGCAGCUCGUGAAGUUGGCACAUCGACGGACCAAAGCACCGAUGCUACUACGCAGACGAUCCAAAAAGCCCCUGGCCUGGCCAUGGAGGACUUACUGAGGCCUGCUAUCUCGAUCAAGCCUCACCCUCCUAACCUUCAAACGAAGCCUGUGCAGUUGCAACCUGUUCUGCUGCUCCCUCGAGAAUGCCUGUCUUUGGCAUACAUUGAUUUGGCUGCCCCAUACGGCGAGCUUCCUGCCUGCAGGUUUUUCGAGUCACGUAUACGGAUCUUGGAGCUGGAAAGUCGCCUUGGCUCAAACGUUCUUUUGGCUCGUUCUGAAACUAGCAAACGUACCGUUUAUGCAAUCGAGCGGCAUACGAAUGGUUGUUAUGUGGUCUGCAAGCUGGGGGACUGGGUGCAUCUGCAAGAUCUGGCUCAGCAAGCCACUGUUUGUUGUAGAGAGCGCCUGUGCAAGACAGGCCUGCUAUCAAAGGCGCCCGCCGUCUUCUCAAAGCCAGCUGUACCGACGCUCCACGUGCCCCAGGUGUACAAGGCGAGCAAUCGAAAACGACAAGCAAUCGAGGAUCUACAAUCACUCUGCAGAAAACGACCGAGGUCACCAUCGGCAGCAGGGCCUUCGUCACAAGAGCAGGCUACAGCUUGCCACCUACCGACGCCUGUCGAUGAUGGCGUAUAUGGGACACAUGAGCAUGGAUAUGCUGCUACUUCACAGCCUUCCGAACUUGCCCCAAGGGAAGAUUCGCAGCCAGUGAACCCAAGCCCAGAGGUUUCUGAGCUUCCAAUAACCACGGAUGCCACCCAGACAGCCGAGGAAAUGUUUGCCAACAUAAGAAACUAUUACUUUGAGGCUCUCUAUCACUCCAAGGGAAAUUUGGCCUACUUCCCGAAAGGGCCUUUGUCCAGAGCAAGAGCUGCUUUCAAUCUGAACAUUGAUGGCGUGCUCGAGAUGUCUGACUUGAUUAAUUUUCUCAAGAGUAUGGUAUUAACUACAGUUUCUAUCGACACAAAGUAUUUAAGUACCAUCCCAAACAUGCUUGAUCAGAUGAAGAGACUCGUGGAUAGCUCAGAUGACGGGGGCGAGAAGGUCAGGAAGAAGAAAUCAAAAAAGCUCAAGCUUGGCAAGAACGGGCUCUAUAGUAACGAAGACGAAGACGUGAGAAAGUGGUGGAGUGCGACGAGACCUGAACUCAAGGACGAUGAAGUCUCAGUUGAGCUGCAGCACAUGCGAUAUCACAUAUCGUGCUUGCGGAGAAGAGAGACACUGCUACAAAUGAUUUUGAUCAUGGAGAUACUAGCGCUCGAGGCGGCGCGGCCCCCGGAGAAUCCCGCUGAUGUUCAGCUUCCUGGUCUCGAGCCGACGCCUGCCGUGGUGACGGAGACUGGCGGGAACAAGAAAAGAAGGAACAAGCACAAUUACCCGGUGCUUCUCGACGUGCAUGCCGACCGCUUAUGCAUUUGGGAGUCCAUCACUCUGGAUGAGGUGAAAGCCCUAGCGGAAUCACAGACACACGAAGACGAAGCGGAAGUGUCUGACAAGCCCUUGAGGGACUUUUGCACCGAUAUCAUUGUUCCAUUCUUUUCGGCACGAUUACCUGAAGUCUGUGAAAGCUUGAACCGCAAACUCGGUGGGCCGGUGAAACAGUCUCCGAGAAAACAAACGCGCGAGAAACAAGUUUCUUCCUCAAGUACCAAGACAAAGAUUAGUAGCAAGCCGGGCGCCGUGACUAAGAGACCUGGUACCGGAAGGUCUGCUACUUCAAAGUCUUCUGCACGGAGCUUGGAGCGUGUGCUUUCCAACGACAAGCUCCGACGCAGCGUCUCCAGGGGACCAUCCGAUGCUCUGGCACACCUGCGACAUGCAACGGUUGCACACAUCCCUGGGCUUAAGCGGGAGGCCAGCGAGUCUAGAUCCUUUAGCGAAACCAGGUCAUUGAAGGAUUCAGUGGAUGCGCUCCAAGAUGACCAGCUAUCUGCCGCCGCCAGCUCAAAUGAGAAACAGGUGCCAAAACUCAUGCACUCAAGAAGUGCUAGCUUUACAAACGCCGACGAUGCAAGGGCAAAGAAGAAGGCCAUGGUUGAUGCCGAGCUUAGGAACGCAAUAUCAGCUCUCAAAAAGCCAAAUCGCUUGCUUGCAGGCAAAGUCAUGGUUGAGGAGACUGAAAAGCGUCUGUUCGGAGGGCCUACCUAUGUCUCGAAUACCCGGAAGCUGGCUAGGAGUCCCAUGAACCAUGUUCAGGUGAAGGCCACGCCGGCAAACGCCAGGUUCAAGGAUGUGCUUGAUGUAGCGGAUGAAGGUGCAUUGCAAUAUGGCAAGGGUUUCAAGCUUGCUCAUGGUCGUUCGGUAACACAGCCAGCGGCAACGAUGGCGUCACUUUUAGAAGAACCGGCUCAAGUUGGUGCAACACCCCAGCAUGUGGCCAACACGCCAUCGCCGAGCCAGGCCCAGAGUGGUACACGACAGCGGGAUGCCGUGCCAAACUCAUCACCAUUACAGCCAAGGAAAGUUGCACCGCGGCCUCAAACACAACAAUCGUCUCAAUGGUGGCAAAAGACCAAAUCGCAGCCUGUUCCCAUCUCCCGGGACUUGUUGCAACCUCCUGGCGUGGCCGAUCUUGUGCCAACGUCCUCGCCGCACCAACCUACGCUUACUCCUCCGGGUCUUACUGGUGAGCAUGAAGAUCCUUUAGUGGUGGCCAUUGCUACUACGCCGUCAGGCAAGAAUCGGACGGCGACUGUACAACGGCAACCUCCACGGUCGCCGUUGUUGCUAGAAACCCCCGUGAAGAAGGCGCGUAACAACGUGGUAGAGGAAUCACCGUCUCCAUGCCAGCCUGCUCUGUUGCUUUCGGGUGCCAGAGCUUCGAACAAGUCGCGUCAGCCUGCUCAAUCUGUCUCUCUAUCGCCAGGCGGAAGACCGAAUUCUGCAAACGCUGGUGUCGUUCUUGCCAAAGAAGCCGAAAGACCCAUAGUCGGGGGCUCUACGAAACCAAAAUCAAUAUAUCAGCAGCUGGGCUGGGACGACGACUUGGAUGAACUUUUAUGA